AUGAUGGACAGCAUCGAAAAAAUAACAACGCUAUUUCCAAAGUUAAAACAACAAUUAUUGUUUUUAGAGAAACGUGAAAAAUUAUUUAGAGCCAAUGGUAAUAAUUCAAUUUCAAGUAUUGAUUCAUCAUCAGGUACUCCAACAAAUUUUAAUCCAUCUUCAUCUCUUGUUGAAUUACCAAUUAAUUCUUCCACGAAUGAUGAUACAAACGAUCAUGUAUUAAACGAAGCACCAGCCAAACAAGAAAUGAACUUACUUUUUCCCGACGUAUAUAUAAUUCCAACAUUACUAAAUUCCUUGCUUCAAGAUAUAGAAACAGGUGCGUUACAUAAAUUUGGUCCACAUCAUACAAAUCGUCAAAUAUUAAUUGAUAUAAUAACCCACGACUUGAUCGAAAAAUACCACCUUUUCUAUCCAACUCAUAAACAAUUCGACAAUAUUGGUUCAGCAAUUGUUCGUAGAUUAAAAUUGCCAUUGACGAAAGAUAAUAUAGUAAGUUCAUCUGCAUUGCUCGACACUAAUAGAUAUAUCUCUGAAUUGUUUACGAGCGUAAAUCAAUCAGGUUUCUAAAUUUUGCAUUUAUUUUGUUGUUUUUUCAAUCUAUCUCUUGAAAGGCCUAUCAUUAGUAUUCGACCGAAGCAAUGUAUAACGAAGGUUGUUUUAUAUAGAAAUAAGAUAUGAAAAUAAAAUGGUAUGAAAAGAAAUCAAGAUUAUCCACAAAGCGUUCUUAACAAAAACCAGAAUAUGCACUAGUAGGCUUUCUAAAAACGGCUUUUCAAUUUCUAUAUCCAUCGAGAAAAUCACUGUUUUUAAUAAGUUUUAAAAAAAUAAUCGAUUUUAGACGUUCAUGAUCUAAUAAGUGUAAUGUGUUCCUCAUCGAAAACAUAGAUUUUUCAAAUUCAAUAUUUUGAAUUUCGAUUGUUUUUCUAUUUGACGAUAUUCAAAUCUCUUCCAUACAUCAAAACUUUCUUUGCUCUUAUUGUUUAUUUUUUGCUAGUGCUACGAAAAUUUUGAAGUAUUACUGAUAAAAUGCAGAACAAUCCGAAUCGUAAAACAGUUAUUAACGUGUUGAAAGCAUGCUGUUCUAUUGUAUUUUCAUAGAAAUAUUUUAACCUUCAUGAGCAUGUUCAAAAUGAAGUUUUAAAGACCGAUAUUUUCCAGCUUGAGAAUGAACAAAUAUCAAAAUUUAAAAUGAGAAGAAUUGGAACUCUACAAUAGAAUUUCAAUACAUAGGAUAUCCUAGGUCUGGAUUCGAGUAUUUCCUCUCGCGAUUCGCGAGACGCCCAAUUCUAACUGAGUUCACGCUGGUUCCAAGUAGAACUCGAUGAGCUCUAUUCAACGCACUAGUUUUUUUCCGAAAAAUAACAAAUCUUACUAGUCAAAACUCGUUUUUUCCGCAAAAAAAAACAAGAAAAAACAAUACAACGACACCAAAACCACUCGCGAUUCGCUCAGAGACCGAUUCCAACAAAACCAACGCUGGUUUCAAGUAGAUCUCGAUGCGCUCUAUCGAAUGGAUACCUUUUGAGCUCAAAUCGAUGCAUCCAUCGCUGAAAAAUCAGCCAAUAGGCCCCAGAACAGGGCUUUUCUCCUGGAAAACCUAUCACGAUUCGCCCAGUGACCGAUUCCAACAAAACUAGCGCUGGUUUCAAGUAGAUCUCGAUGAGCUUUAUCGAAUGGGCGCCUUUCGAGCUCAAAUAGAUGCACAUAUCGCUUAGAAAUCUGCCAACAAGACGUAGAAUGAGAGUUUUUUUCCUGAAAACUUAUUACGAUUCAUCCAUGGACCGAUUUCAACAAAACCUACACUGAUUCCUAGUAGGAAUCAGCGAACUCUUUCAAUUGCAUACGGUGUUCGCUCGAUAUUGGUAAAGGCCUAAUGAGAAAAUUGGUGACUUACGCGUGAUUCAGAAAUUUUUUUUAUCGGAUUGUCAUGAUUCGAAGAGAGAGCGCGCUAGUGUUCAAUGUAAUAGUACUAUCGUAAUGCAGUGCCAGUCAAAUAUAUGUGGAGGAAAGAAAAAAGUUUCAGUGGAGCAUAUGUUUCCAUAUAUUAGAAUGGGAGGACGAAAGCAGUGUUUCGAACAUUAAGUACCUCGAGCAAAAGCAAAGUAUCCGAGGUACUUACGAUUUUGAAAAAGUACUGUGUUUUGCACUUUGUUGGAAAACACACAGUACCUUGAUGGUGCUUUGUAAAAUCAGAAAGCACUUUGCUUAUUUCUUGAUGGAAUCGUGAUAGGUUUUCCAGUAGAAAAGCUCUGUUCUGGGGCCUAUUGGCUGAUUUCUCAUCGAUAGGUGCAUCGAUUUAAGCUCAAAAGGUAUCCAUUCGAUAGAGCUCAUCGAGAUCUACUUGAAACCAUCGUUAAUUUUGUUGGAAUCAGUCACUGGUCGAAUCGUAAUAGGUUUUCCAGGAGAAAAGCCCUGUUCUGGGGCCUAUUGGCUGAUUUCUCAGCGAUGGAUGCACCGAUUUGAGCUCAGAAGGUGUCCAUUCGAUAGAGCUCAUCGAGAUCUACUUGGAAUCAUUGUUGGUUUUGUUGGAAUCGGUCUCUGAGCGGAUCGCGAGUGGGUGGGUAUUACUAAUUUAUGCUAACACCACAAACACCCAACUUUGUAAAAACGCAUAUGGGUCAUCUUC